UCAUCAUUAUUAGAGUGUAUGGUUUUUGAAUUAUUGAGUUGCAAUCUUUAUGAAUUCUUGGCAAUCAAUGAUUUCUAAGGAUUUGAACUUGAUUUAGUCAGAAGAUUUGCUAUUCAAAUAUUGUAAGCACUUUUGUACUUAUCUGAAUGCAAUAUUAUUCAUUGUGAUCUUAAACCUGAAAACAUACUAUUAAAGGAUAUCUCAAGAUCUGGUAUCAAAAUAAUUGACUUUGGAUCUAGUUGUUUUAUUAACUCUAAAUUAUACACUUAUAUUUAAGUAUAUCAUAUAAAAUAUACUAUUUAGAGUAGAUUUUAUAGAGCCCCUGAAAUAUUACUUGGUAUUCCUUAUACAACAUAAAUUGAUAUGUGGAGUUUUGGAUGUAUAGUGGCUGAACUAUUUCUUGGGAACUCAUUAUUUUAAUCGAAAUCUGAAAAAGAAUUGUUAUUUCUAUAAGUUUCAAUUCUUGGGAAACCAUCUAAUUAAUUUUUAGAUUAUUGUCCUAAGAAACAUAAAUUUUUCAAUGCUAAUUAUGAACUUCUGACCAAGAUUAAAGAAACUGAUUUAAUAUUUCCACUUAAACCUUUGAAAGAGCUUCUUUAAACAGGAUCUCCUAUCUUUUAUGAUGUAUUUCAUAAGUUUAUGAUAUAAGUUCAUUAACAAAUGUUUGUAAUGGGAUCCAAAUAUGAGAAUGAAAGCAGCUGAAGCUUUAAUGCAUCCUUGGAUUAUUGAAGGUUUACCUAAUGAAAUUAAGUAAAUUAUAUAUGAGUAUUACUAUAGAAAAUAACAUAUCUAGUAGAUGAAGCUUUACAUAUAAUAAAAAAAUUUAGAUUAAUAAGGAUAAGGCAUUCAAAUAAAAUGA